AUGUAUGGAAUUUCGCGCGCAAUCGUGAAAGUUGAACCUUGUUCACGGAUUUUGCGUUUCUGAAGCCUUUAUUACAUUGCCUCUGCUGAUCUUAUUCGCGCGAAACGUUUUUGGCGCACGCUCAUGGAAAUUAUGGAACAGUGGAAAUCCACCGUUAGACGUUUCAUCUUCCUAAUCAUGAUUUUUUUUUUGCAUUUUCACAGUCUGCGACUGCCUUUAAGAAUGGAGAUUAAGGUUCAGGCAUUUGAUCCUGUGUUGGGACAGUGGCUGAAUGGGACUGUUCUUGAUGUGGACAAUGGUGGCAGAGUUUUAAUACACUGGGCAGGCUACACAAGGUAUUUUGAUGCGUGGCUGGACGCCUUGGAAGUCCGAAAACCUGAAGGAGAAAGGCCUUUGGAUAGGCAAUGUCCAGUGUUAAAAUCAGAUUUUCCAAAACGACAACACCCAAAGCAUCUGCAGAAGGAUGACCUUACGUCUGUGUGUGUCACAACCACGAUUGGUCUGAGGCAGAAAUGGUGGAAAAAAACGAUUGCUUCAGAUUAGAGGUGAGACAUUAAGUUUUUCAAAAUCCUAUUUUUUGUCGGCAGGGUAAAUACAUUUUAACAUAAGUUUAUCUGAAUAGAUUUUUGGAUGACAGAGAGACCCAACUGUGACCCCAUAUCUCAAAGAUGCUCUUGCGUGACUCGUCAGCUAAUUUUGGUUAUCCUGUAUUUCUUUCCUUGCGCUACUGUGUGGCACGCAAUUGUUGCGUUUUUGCCCGCAUUUUUUCAGCCAUCCGCAAAAAUAAGUUCCCGCGAAUAACUUCAAUUUGCCACACAAAAAUACAGUAAAAGAAACUGUAUCUGUUCAAUUACAACUUGUCUCUUUCAUUCAAAGACAAAGCAGUAUACAAUGAAAUGAAUACUGGUUUUACAUCGCAUACCGCAGUAUUGUUUGAAAANUUAGAGAGAAACUCAUUCUAAAUGACGCUACUAUGAUGCACAAAUGUAUUAACAAGCUUGUUCCAGACUAUCUUGCUGAUAUGUUUAAAUCACGUUCUCAAGUCCAUAAUAGACAAACUCGAUCAUCUGGUGCUUUGGAUAUACCUUUAUGUCGCCUGUCAACAGGGCAGCGCUCCUUUGCUUUCAGAGGAGCCAAACUCUGGAACUCCUUGAAUGAUAACAUUAAGUCCUUAAAAUGCCCCAGGAAUUUUAGACGUCAUCUUGCAAAUGUUUUAUUAAGUUGAUAUAUUAUAUUAUUGAUAUAUAUUUUGUAAUUAUAAUAUUAUUGUAUUUACAUUCUCAAUUAAUUUAUAUAUUUGUAUUUUUUUUAUUUUAUUCUAUUGAGCUGAAAAGCCCACUUAGGGAGCAUCAAUAAAGUGUAUGUAUGUAUGUAUAUAUGUAUGUAUUCAAAGACAAAGCAGUAUACAAUGAAAUGAAUACUGGUUUUACAUUGCAUACCGCAGUAUUGUUUGAAAAUAUGUAUCAAUGCUGAAUACUUUUUCCCAGCAGGAAAAAUCAAUCUGUCCUAAUUGCAAAAAUUAGUUCCCGCAAAACACAAAAAAUCGCCAAUCUGCAAAAAUAUACUCCCGCAAAAAUUUCGUGCCACACGGUAGUCUUCAGGCAAAUUGAAAGUACUGUUGCACAUCACAAAUAUGACUUUUAAUCGGGAGGAGAGGAUGUCCGUAUAUCAAAAUAAAGUAGUGAUCUGUUGGGAAGCUUUUCGUUAACCAGCGUGGGCUUGCCGCAUCUGCGUUUUAAGUUGUAAAAAUGACAGCAUGACAGUUUCAUUUGUUGCAACGGAAUGCUCGUAUCUCUUACAUGUAUGUAAAAUUACUUGCCUUAUACUACUACAUGAAAAAUUACUGCAAUUUGAUUGGCUUAGAGCAGUGGUAUUUCAGCUUAAUUUGAAAUGCCUACGUGUGAAAAUUACAAGCCUUUUGCAGGUAGUAGUAUAAACAAAUAAUAGCAUGAUUUGUACGUGAUACUUGGCAUAAAUACCACUCGUGAUAUUUCAAAAUUGUCUCAAAUUUCACUCGCCUAACAGCUCGUGAAAUUAUGUAAAGGGCAAUUCCACAUGAGACAAUGAAAUUUUGAAUUUUUUAAAAUAAAAUUUUGCACAAUUAUAAUGAAACUUAACCAACAGAAAGCUGAAACAAUGGGCUGUUUGAAAUUACUGAGAUCUUGUGCGUCUUGUCCAUGCACUUAAUGUGAGAAGGCAUGAAAUCCAGAGAAUUUGAAUCUCAUUAUAUUUGGAAUUUUUGAACGAAAUUUUUAACAUCUAAGAAAACAUACAGUCAACAUAAAAGUAUUUGGAUAUUAUAACCUUUGCCUUACACUAUCAUUAGGCUAUAAAUUAUUAUCCAGCAACCGGCAGUUUCCUAAGAAAAUUGACAUUGAAUUUUUGUUGCAGACAUUACGUAAUGCCGCAACGUUAAGGUACCUUUUUUCAGUUCUUGUACACAGUGUGCUGUAUUUUCAUGUGCUAUUGAUGCUGCUCAGUUAGUCUGAUGUAUAUUCUUUUAAUUUUUAAUCUCAAAACAUUUCCUGGGUGGGUUUUCUAUGCUCAGAAAUUAUAAGUUGAAAAGUGUUGUGGACAUUACGUUGCGGACAUUACAUAAUAGCCUGAAUAAAUGAAAAAUCUAACAUAUUAUGUUAGAUUUUUCAUUUAUUCAGGCUGUUGCGGAUAUUUAGUUCUUACUAACUCUGAAUUAGAUUCAGACAACAGCCCACUUAACACUAAAUUGCUUUUUAUUGAUGUACAAAAUAAUGUAAAUGGCAAAUUAAAAAGAGCUGGUAGCUUUUCCGUAAUGUCCAAUGAAUUCAAUUUAGAAACGAUUAAAAACAUUCUAAAUAAUUUACGAUUUCUGUGAUAUUCUUGAAAAUGGGCAAACAUAGUGAUUUUCGAAUUAGUCCCUUCCAUAAAGUAGUAUAGAUACAUGACGAAUUUUGCAGUACUUUAACAGGAAAAUGGAAAAAUAUUUUAAAGAGUUUAUAUGGCUUUGGGGGACACUGUCACAAAAUUACAGAGUGACAUUUGUAUGGAUCUUUAACUGUGUUUCAAGAGUCAUAACGUGAUCCCUGUUCAACUUUAGAGCAUCAAACCUGCUCAACCAACCAGUCUCAACAUGACCUUUUAUAUGGUGGUGUCAGUUUAUCGAUUAGUUUAAAUUUGAAACUUGCCCCAGCUCCCUAUGCAACUCCAAAAUGGCCAAUGAGUAGCUGGUCAGGGGUUUUGUACUGCUGAGCAUGCUCAGAACAGUUUGUAAGCAUGCUUUUCGAGGAAAAGCACUGACCAUCAUUGUUUCUUCCGCAAACUUGAAUGGGUAUUAUUUUUUUAACUAGAAUUUGUAAUAUAAUGUGUAGUGAACAAUGUGCAAUUUUAGUGCAAAUUUACAUUUCUAUCUGUCUUUAAGUCAGACUGAAUGACAAAAUAUGAUAAUUUCAGUAGCUAAAUCAGUUUUGUAAAAAACAAAAUAAUAUCCUCACUACUAAGAACGUUUUUUUUUUUUCUCACAACAUUUACUUGAGAUGUAAUAAAAUCAAUUUGGAAAUUACUUUAGGGAGUCAGUAUAGCAGAAAAAAAUCUGACUGGUAUUGCAUGAUACUAGGUCUCAGCAGGAGAUUAUAUAAUAUUAUAAAAGAACAUAAGUAAAGUAAAUGAUAGUUUCACAGCUUCAUUUUUAGACAAGUAACUGCAGAACAAAUGGACAUAGCCACAGUCAGCAACACUGACUAGGAAGGGAAUGAUAAAAAAUGUGUUCCCAAAAAAUAAUGUAAUGUCCGCAACAAUUUUGUGUAAUGUCCGCAACACAAACUUUUGUUCGUAGAAUCACUGGAACAAGGUUGCAUGGAAUUUUUCUUUGACUGUUGAAAAAUCUUGUUAUUGUUAUGUUUUGAAGGCACAAUUAUUUUCUGCUCAUGGUUAAAAAUUCACAGGAAAAUCUCUUUAAAGAAAGUUACUUUAAAAAGUGGUUGUUUAAACUGUAAUGUCCGCAACACACUUUCUUCAGCUCAUACCUUCAAGGUCUUAAGAGCUAACCAAAGCAUCUUUUUAUUAGGUACAAAGGGAGCACUAAAAAGACUUUCUAGAUAUGUUUGAACACCCUUAAUGAACAUUUUGACAUCUAAAUUGGGGUUUAAAAUAUUAAUUUUAGUAUCUGAACGUAAUGUCCAUAACAUGGAAUCACCCUAUAACAAUUUUGAAAUAUCACUCGUGGUAUUUAUGCCAAAUAUCACUACAAAUCAUGCUAUUACCUAUACUAAUGUGAACAGCAGCGGUUAAUACAGCCAAUGGAUACCUUUCAUUUUCUUUCCUUCUGUUUUUGUAUAUUGUUAAUAAUUAAUUAAUAGGUUUUAUUACUAAAUGACACUAGCAAAAGAACAUGACGACGUUUUGUAGUUUCGGGAUUUUGGUGAGCCCAUCAAUUUUCUGGUGUUAGAGCCACACUGACUGUUGUCGUGUUUAUGAAAGUCGUUAGCCUUCCAUAUCAAAAGUUACACUUCCUUAUAUUUUUGCUUUCAGUCAUUUUUUGGUAUCUUUAUCUGACGAUUGCUUUCUGGGAGCCCCAGGAAAUUAUCAUUUAGAUAAUUUUAUAUAUUUCUAUUGAAAGACUGAUUGACCUUGCGUGGAGUUCCUCGCACAAUUUGAUUUAUCGGUAUAUUUCUAUUAUUAUUUAAGGUGAUGUUACAUGAGACAAUUCGCAAUGACGGUUUUAGCACAACACAGCAAAUUGUUAAAACAUUGCAACGCGGUGUUGCGCUGAAAAUCGUCCUUGUGAAUCGUCCCGUGUCUAUCACCUUUAUGUACAUUUUCUUAACUUUGAUGAGUAAUAAAAGCAAUUGGCCCAAAUUUUUUAAUACAGUAAUCCAAGUUUGACUUUUGUGCAAAACUUGUGAAAGUGUAUUACAUCGAACGAACACCAGUUUUGUCCUCUUGACGAGUCUGUAUAAACCAGGUGCCAAUCUAUACAAAGAAUUUAUUUGCUUUCAUCAGGUAACUCUGAAAAGCAGAAGAGUAGCAAAAUAUGAAUACAUAAAAGAAAACGAGCCUGAAGAAAGUGUUCAUGAAGUGACAAUCAUGCGAGGAAAACUUUAUAGAUGUGAUCGACACAGCUACAUGUACCAACAAAGAAAGUGAAUUACCGGACCAAGAUCAUUUAGUGAGUAUCCAUUUAUUAUUUUCUCCAUCAUCUCAAAUUAAAACUGUGGGAAGAAACUGAAACAAAAGUGGUUGAUUUUUCGUGCAGAAUGUACAUAUUGCAUCAAGACAUUAAAUUGGGACCGAGUAUUUAAAGAUGUCACAUACGAUUUUAAUUUUAAUUUUAUUGUGUUUCUUUAUGAUAGUCUGUAUGGUAUAUCACAACAUAUGAAGUAUAUGAAAAUGGUAAAAUUCCUGGUAAAUAACUAAUCAAUUUACUUUGUGCCUCCGACCCGUUUAUUCAGAAUCCUUCCAAGGGACAAAUAACAUAUGUUUUCUGCCAUGAUGAGCUCAACAAUAUAAUUUUUCUUACACACUAUGUAGGCAGAGAUUACGGGAGUUUUUGUCAAAAUCAUUUAAAGUUGAGAAACUCUGCUUUUAGGGUAGUGGCGAAGAAACAGCCAAUGAAGACGAAGAAAGGGAGUUUUAUGAUCUGCAGGAUUUGGUGAGUGUAUAUACAAUUUAGUCAAUGUCGGAUUACCUUUUUUAUAUACAUAGAAGCGAAACCAACUGAGUUCAUUCAUUGAAUCAAUUUUAAUAAUUCAGUUGUAUAAAGAUAAUUAUGUAUGCAUUCCGGAGCCCCUCUCCCAACCCCCCCAUUUUAUCUUCGGUGAUAUUUAUUUCCUGUAUAUAAUAGGUGGAUUUUUCCGGUGAAUUAAGCCUUAUUUCACAUUCCUUUGAAUUAUGAUUAUUUUAAUACCCGUACAGGUCUGUACAGGAGUUAAAUGAGCUGUGUAACGAAAUUUCUGAUCAAAACCUUGGACAGAAACCUCCACAAAAUUGAGAUGAAACACACAAAUAGCUGCUCAAAACGAUAAAAGAAGUUAUAAGUUCAUGUAACCAAUGUACAGUGUAGUUACAACAAAUACAAACGGAGGCUCAGGAACUUUUUGCCUAGUUUUCUCAAAGGUCAUUUUUGUUCAGUUUUGUAAGGUUUGAAAUGCAUGUGAAACCUUUUUGUUCAGUGCCGACACAAAGCUUGAAUUUUGUCGCUCACGAGUAAUGUUUCAAGUUCCAUCGUGAACAAGGACGAGUAGUUGGCAACAAUAUACAAAAAGACCUAGACAGCAGUGACACAACCCUUUUAAAGUGAAAACUGAUAUCUGUGAGAUCCAUUAAUUUAACCUAAUGAAAAUCUUUGACUGUCUUGCUGCCUUUAUACAGGACAAAAUGUGGGGCGAGGACGACAUUGCGAACGUUUUGGAAAAGCUGAAGUUUGAGGAUGCUUUCAAAGAAAUUCGUCACAACCAAGAGAAACUUUUGCAAAAUCAAACUGAGAUUCAACAAUCGUUAACCGCUAUUGAUGAGCUCUUGAACAAGAGACUUCGGAAAAGACAAGAAGCUGUGCAGAUUGCAGCCUUUUCUUCAGUUUCAACCAGGCCCAGUCCAAGAAGUUCAAUGGAUUCCACUCCUACUACAGUCAGCUGCACGUCGACCCCUGUUAUCAUUCCUCCUUCCUCCCAAAGUUUCUCACUUCCAUCUUCAAACCGUUCUAACUCACAUGGUGUCGAUAAAAAUCCGUGUUUCAGCUUGGAUGAUGGUAAUGACCUUACUUCAUUUAACGCAAGGAAUAAUGAGGACACCCCAAUAGUAAGCACACCAUCCUCUCUUGCCACCCAAAUCGAGCCCACUUUCUGUGAUUUUACUGCUGGUCCUUCUAGUAGCUCCAGUGGCUCAGUGCAAAUGGGCGGAAAUACAAGUUCUUGUUCUUUGGGGGAACCUUCUAAUCAUUCUAAUCCUCCCAACCUGUUGAAUGAAAGGGACACCCCACUUGCCUCCUACAAUGGGCCAAUUUCCCUGCUGCCAAUUCAACAAGUUGCAAAGGUUUUGUAUUCAAAUUGAUGGAUGGCAUGUUCAACAAAAAGGAGUUGGCCAGUUCUAGUCUGGUUGGGGGUGUCAGAAAGUAUAGAGAAAGUACAUACACUAAACAGGCUCUGUCCCCAGGUAGAAUGAAAAAUAUAUUAAUUUUAAGGUGGCCAAACUUAGGUUUCCCGCUGAAUUUGCAACGGUGGCAAAUUCCCCUGAAUUUAGAAAUGCCAUCAACAUGAAAUGUCGCAAGACUGUGUUCAAAGAUCAGUAAUCCUUGCUUUAUACGAUCUUGUAAAAAAUGGUGAGGUACAAAUCUAAAUUUUGCUUAAUAAAUUCUAUUGACGAGCCAGUGAUUGCCAAUAGAGCUUGCUUCAGUGCAAGGUUAGCAAACUCUUUUUUUUUCUAUACUGAUAGACUGCCUAGGCUGUUGCAAAAUUUUAAGAACAUUUUAAGAAUAAGCCUGAUGCUGAGAAAUUUUUUUGGUCUUGAAAUUCUGAAAAAAGGUGCAAUGUGUUUUUAACUAAUCCACUGAGAAAAUAGUUCCUUUCAAUAAACGGAAAGAAUACAGUUUCAAACCCCAAAUACAGUCCAAAGCGGAAAUGCCAUGCAUAAGGCAUAAGCUGUAAUAAAAUUUAUAACUAAGAAUAAUUCAAGAAUAUUUUCAAUUUAAAAGCGACAGAACAAUAAGAAUAUUCAGCGUAGGCGGGUAAAACAACAUUCUUAUAAUAGAUUAUGUAUAAAAUAAGUGUACUAACUUGCUGUUUAUUUACAAAGUUUAUUCAAACUUGUAGUUGUCACCUGUAUAACUAUGUAAACAUUGCUUCAAGCUAGUUCUAUAUUUUGUAUUUUGUUUCACUUGCAAUAAAAGUUUAUGAAAAUAUAGGGAACGGCGUUUUCAAGUUAUUUCUGCCUACGUAUCCAGUUUAAAUAUCAGAGUUGGCUCACAUGUCGCAAGCCGGAUUGUUAAAAGCAGUUUUCUUUCCUUUCUUUAACUCGAGUUAAUAAAUUUUUGGAAAGUUAAAAUUCAGAGUGUUGCCCAUUCUGUAUCAUUCGGUACCGAUUGAAAACACAAUCGGAAAAAAUCAGCACCUGAUUGAGCGGCAUGGGCGUGACCCGAUGCCGAUAUUUGGACGCGUUCCCCUAUCAAAGAUCUAUCUACAAUGGUAAAGCAAGAAUGUCAGUCUGCCAUUUUGUCUCCUCAGGUGUUUGAACCAAGUGAGUUUGAAAAAGGAGUGUUGACCAGUAAAGACAAUGAAAUUAGAAAUGCUGAUGUACCUGAAAGAUUUCAAGUCAGUUGUGAAAGCAACAACAGGUUAUUAUUUCUGUAAAAGAUUUGAUAAUCUUCAUGGUAUUAAUGUGAGAUCAAGAAAAAAUCAGGAUUCAAACCUAUGACAGGGCUUAAAAAAGGUCCUGUCCGGUAGUCUCGGACAAGUAGAUUUGGAUCAGUUUAGGUUUCCGAGGAACUGCCUACCUACCCAGGCCUACCCUAAGCCAACAUUUUGCCCUCAGUAAAAAGUAAGUGUUAAUGCUAGCUUAGGGAGGGGUAGGUGGGCAGUUUCCCAGAAACCUAUAUUGAUCGGGAGAUUUUCUUGCUGGGUAAGUAACUUUUGAAAAUUAUUUGCCCAAUGGGUAAGGGUUCGGGCAAGUCAUCCUCAAACUAAAUCAUUAACUAAGGCAAGCAAGAAGUAGCCCUGGCGGGGAUGUCACUAAGAUUUCAAGUUGCUGGGUAAAUAAGCUGAUUUAGCAACAGAACGAGAGUCAGUUGGCGACAGUGAAUGCAAAUCAAACAACUGGCUUUACCAAUGGCAGUGCGAAAACUUGGGCAAGGGAAGUUGAGUUUAGUUGUUUCUGCGCACUGUCCCGUCGUCAAAUGACGUUCUCGUUCUGUUGCUAAAUCAGCCUAAUACAACAAGUAGGCGGGGAAUCAGACAGCUAGCAAUUUCUUUUGAUUCUAUUUUUCUUCUAUUUUUCUAUCAAAGUAGCUGGGGGCCAUGUUCGUAAUGGGGGAAGUCCUUAGCUCCCGCCUCUUUAUGACAGGUUUUCCUGGGCAAGCAAAAUGCGAGCACUGCUUGCUCAAAAGACAAGCUUGAAUUUAAGUUGUUUUAGAGCUCUGCUAUGAUCUCACAAACACUGGGCAGAUGCUCUGUCCGCGGAGCAUGAGAGAGACUUGCAGAGAGCAAGGCUGACUUCAUAUUAUUUUAACAUGCAUCCUGCAAACUGCUUGGAUAAGUAAUGCCGAAAGGAUAAUAUUGUUAAAAAAAGGAAUUCGUACUUUCUUUAUUUCAAUUUACAAAAAUGCACACCUAGGCUUAAGAGUUGCAGUUGACCAAUCCAAAUUGGUAAAGAAUAACAGCACCAUGAACAUGUUAAGAACAAAAAAAACUAAAUACGUGUAUGGCAAGGACUGACUGAUUUGUUAUGAGGGUCACCACAAACUCUCAGAACAGGUUGUUUAAUUUUCUAAAGAAGUAGCCUGCAUAACGUGGUGGUGUUGUCGUCGGGAGCACUGCUGAGCAGCGAAGCCACGAUAAAAAUAAAAACCACCUGCCCAGUUUCAUAGCCUUUUUCAACUGUCACUCCCUUCAACUCAUUUUACAUCCUGUUGACAACUUGUUGGUUUCAGUUUUCCUAGCCAAUCAGAAAUAAAGUGUUGACUGGUAUAAAACAUGACUCAAAAGCUCGUAGUAUGGGGUAAAACAUGACCUUGGAGUUUGCUUGAACAAACACAGUGCAGCAAAAAUAAGAUUUACUCACUCAAGUUUAGAAAACAGUGUAGUCAUCUUACGUGCGAGAUAGCAAUAUAAAAGAAAAACCUAAGUCUUAUUUACUAAGAGGUCAUGAAGCUCGUUUGUUUCAUCCAUAUUGAGUAAUUAUUUCCUGUGGUUGAUGCUUCUGUUAUCUGUAGGUGUUUCUGAUAGGAUUUGUUGAUCUCAAAUGCAGUUGUAAAGCUUUUUAUUGCGGCUAAAUAAAUAUUUUAGCUUCCUUGGUUUUCUCUGACUAAAAUGCCUGGAUCUGAAUAACUACAACCUAAGUUGCAUUGGCUUGUAGUUUCUUUGUCUGUGUGAUAAUUUCCAGCUAUAUUUUGACGCUCAGGGCCCAGCAUUUAAAUGUUGUUUGCAGGAUGUUGAAUUUUUACGGACAGGGCGAUCUUCAGAUUUGAGUUGUAGCUUAAACUAAAGCUACACCAAGCAUGGAUAAUUCUGGUGUGCAUCUUUCUACUAUUGUGUGCGAUUCAUCGACCACAAUCGCCAACACCGUUUGAUGUGGUGCGUUAUUGUCUGUCACAUGAGUAAUAGAGAAAAUUGAGGUGGACUUUCUCAAAGCAAAUUUACUGUUUCUGUCGUAAGCUCCAUUGCUGUACAGCUCAACAACAACAUUUCUGAAAUUUGGUCGCCUACAUAUAGCUACUUUUUUAGAGGCAAAAUUGUGAUCAUACAGGUUUUCGACGAGGACAUUAUCUUCUUUAGCCAUAGCAACGAUGAUAAAGAUCAUGCUUUUGCCAAAACCAUGCAGUUGACAAAAUUGCCAUAACAUCUCUCCUAUGAAGAAGACUGUAAAUGACCAUUUCCUGUUCAGGCUUCAAUACAAUUGCCCUGUUUUCCCUGUGAAUAUUCCACAUCAUCAACGUUUGGGUCAAUGAUUCUUUGAUACUUUGAUUUUGUUUUGCAGAGAAGAUUUUUUCAGUCACUUGGAACUCUGACCCAUCGGAGAUUUUGAGGGGCGAACAUUCUGAUCCAAUUGGAACGAUCUGUAAACAGGCAUACAGACUAUUCAAAAAGGCCGCCUGUCCAAGUAGGCGGUUUCUCGUUGCCACCGCCCCAAUCUCCUUGCGGUUUCUCUGCCCUCACCUGCCUUUAUUACUCUGCACGCCCAACCGAAACCACCAUGCUACGCAAGCUACUAAAGAAGCAGUAGGUGAAUGACUGAAGAAAAAUAAUUUUCUGAAAACUUUGUGGUUCCAAUGUUCAGAAUGUGAUUUCACUUCAUACUUUCAGAAGGCUAACCAUGUUCAAGGAUGAAACAUGUUCAUUUGAAUCAGCUUAUAAUAAUUAUUAUUUCUUCUUAUUACAGUUGCGUGAUUUUCCUGUGAAAUCAACCGAAGAUGGGGAGCUUGACAAUGAGGCACAGUGGAUCUACCGACAUGCAUUUCUGGAAUUCCCAAUAUCACAACAGCAGGUGUGGCUUGUAGCAGUACAUUUAGCAUGCAUGUAUUGGUUUGGCCAGCUUUAGUGAAGAAUUACAGUCAGCUGCUAAGAAUAACUCCCCAAGAUCACAUUAAUUAAUGAAUUUAUUAUUUGAAUGUUGAAUUCACUAGUAGUUGUAGAUUUCAGAUACAUCUCUGCAUUCCUGCAUGCGUAAUAAGCAGUGAAUACACUUGACCUUGUGUGACUGAAAUAAGACAGUGUGUUUAACCAAGGGAAUGAAAUGAGGCCUAAUGUGGCAAUUGGGUUCCAUUUCUGCCUUCGCCACUCUUCAUGGAUUUGUAGAGUGGUUUCACUGUACUGCAGCUCCAUGGUGACAGGUUUACUGUCUGGGGGAUUUUACCUGUGCUGGUGUCUGUUACAGAACCUUGGACCUUCCUGAUUUGUCAGUAAAAUAUUAGUCUGCUAAACAGCCAUUCUUUGUGUCAUCACUAGCCAGGAUGAUUGAAAAACAGUGGAAUCAAGGCUGUGCUCUAGCAAAGCCUUGUGGCCCCUGGUGCAUAACUUUUUGUCCUGGACCAUUACGAGAAAACCUUAGUAAUCGUAGAAUUGAUAUGUUGGGCACCCCUGGAUUUCACAGGUUUACAGCACUGGCUUCAUUUCAAUUUUUCUUAGAGCACAGCCUUGAAAAUCCUUGAUUAGCAGGACUUUUCCUGACAUUUGUAGAGUGACCAACAUCAAUUUUCUCAUAACAAUAUCAAUACAUAAUAAAAAGAAAAGUUUAUGAGAAUAAAUAAAAUGAUCACCUAAAGGAAAAUGCUUUGAUCUUUGACCAAAUUCUCUCAACUGUUUCUGUAAGGAAAUGUAUGGAGAUCAGUUUGGAGAAUUUGUAUGUGGAUCUUGGGGCUUAAAAGCUUAAUGAUGACUGUUCUUCACUCUAGGGUAUUCUGGACAGUGAUACCUACUGUCGCACCAAAGCAUCCAAACCAUACUCUGCUGUCAGCAAGAUCAAAGAAGCUUUAAACCUGAUGAGAAAUCAGCUGAUUAGGGUUUGUUUAUGUUUUGUUAUUAUUUUCUUCAUUCCAGCUCGAGCUGCAAAUAGCUUUGAGGCAAUGUUCUACCACAAGUGGACCACCCUCUUUUCUUGAACAGAGGGUGGUCUGCCUGUGGUCCUACUUAGAAUUUCCCCAUGUCUGACAAAAUCUCUAGAUUUGGGGCAGCAUGCAGCUCUUACAAGGCAAGCCUCACGAGAGAAAAGAGUAAAACAAACUUAAAAUAAAUAACAAUAGACCCUAGCCUAAGAACAAUAGUGCUGUGUGCUAUUGAAGUUCCAGUAAAAUAAGAUGUUCUAGAGAGUUGUGUACUAUCCUGGGGUGGGGUACUUCAUGGCAAGGUUCCCUAUUUUUUAGAAAAUACUGAGGUUGACACUGUCUUUGCUGUAAACUGAGUUGUGAGCAAAUUUUAAAUUUGCUGUUUUACAAUUGUGUGUCAAUUCCCUGUUUGCUCAGUCUAGGCUAAAAUCUUCAACCACUUGAUCAGUUUCCUGGAAAAUCAUUCUUUGUUCUAGACCCAAGCUUUCUGAUCUUUUACCCUAUCGCUGAAUAAACUGCUUGAAAAACCAUUCAUCUGUAUCCUUUGGAAUGGCACAUACCUAUAUAGCCCAUAAUUGAAAUGGCAGUACCCCCACCCUUCCUAGGAAUUAAUACCUGCCAGAUUUUGCCUUCUGUGGAUUUAGCAUCACCAACAAUCACUCUUGCAGGUUCCAUUUAUAGCCAACUACAGAAAAGAGUACAUUGAGUCUGAACUUAACACAGAAGACUUGUGGAAAGUCUGGGAAUGGGAUGAAAAGGUGAGAUAUCUCAGUUUAUACCUUUUAGAGAUGCCUACACAAUGUGCCUCUGGACACCAGCAAUCUAGAGGGGUCCUGUUGCUCUGAUUAUCACUGUACUGGCUCCCACCCUCCAAUAUUCCUUUUCUGAUAUUCAAACACUUUGAUACGUGAAGUUCCAUCAACACCAUUCUUUUGCACUGCUUGCAUGUUCCUCAAUAUUCCAGGGGAAAGUUUUCCUACGCGAGUAAAGUCUUCUAAAGGCUCAACAAACAAAAAAAUUAACAUAAAUGUUAAAAAUAGGGGAGAACUUGAUGAUUACUAUUUGGUUACUUAGUGGUGUCAGCUGUGCACUCGUAAGGAGAACCUGCAUCGCCUGUUCCAAGAAAUGCAGGAUUAUCAGUUCAACAAAAUCCAGGAAAGUGGAGAUAAACCUCUUGACGAUGAUACAAGGAUUGAGCCUGAGGAUAUUGAAAGGUAAUAAAAAUAUAAAUAAAUAAAUAAAAUAUUGAUUUGAAGGUUGUGCAUCUACCUAAUGUUCUUUGUCUACCAAUAAUUAAAUAAAUGAACUAAAAUAAUGAUUUGGAGUUAGCACAUCCACAUAGCAUAAUAGUCAUCAAAAACUCUUGAGAAAUAUGCCAGAGGAAUAGUCCAGUUUUGAAUUUUGUCAUGGCUGCUGGAUAAAAGCACCAAAGACUCGGUUGUACAGGGUGAGCCUCAACGUAAUGUAAAAUAUUCACAAGUACCGGCUGCGGCAAGAAGGCACCUGAAUUUGGGUUUCAAACAAAAAGUUGUACAUAGGUAUUUUUAGGUCGUGGCUAACUCUGUAUAAAUGAGUCUUCACUGCUUCUAUUCAGCAGCCACAACAAAUUCAGAACUGAAGUACAGCGAAACCCUGCCUUAUGGCCACUUUUUUUGUUCGCCCUGUGAAACGGCCAUACAUGUUCUUGCAAAUAACUCCUGUUAAUUACGGUCACCCUUUAAUACAGCCAAAUUUUUUGGCCCAUUGGUGACCAUAUUAACGGGUUUCCACUGUAUUGAAAAACUUUGUCAAGUUGACAGUAGGGCAAUCUGUAUUGAAGUAAGUCAAGAAGUACAUAUAAUCAUCACUCACUUUCUUUGUCAGGCUGGAUGGAGUAGAGACAAUUGAGGAACUCAAAGAUGUGUACAGUCACUUCACGCUGUACUACAGAAAUGAUAUUCCUGCCAUGUGGGAAGCCAAGAGGAAAAAGAAACAAUCUGAAAAUGAGGAAGCUGAAGGGGAAUCCAAGCCAUCUCCACCCAAACAUAAAAUGCCAGCCAAAUGUGAUCUGUAUACCAUAUGCAGACAAGCAGGUGAAACACACAGCAGGCUUUGGACUGCGUUGGAUUUUAGACCUAGGUCUUUUCAAAACGAAGAGAUUUCAAAAUUUCAAGACAGGAGUGUUGUUAUACAGCUGUAAUUUUUUUUUUCUAAAUUUUAGACACAGUCAAACCCCAUUGACAGUGAGGUGGCCAUAGGAAGUGUCCGUUUUAAUGUGGUGUUCGUGUUGAGCAGGUUAAAUUUAGAGAAAAUGUAAGCACUUUGUUUCCCAAGGGACAAAGCAAACUUUCCAUAAAGGAGAGGUAUCCGUAAAGCGGGGUUAAAACUAUAGCAAAAGUCAUAUUCAAGUUGUUUUCUCAGUGAGUGUGGUUGACUGCUACUUUCAGCUGAGUUAUACCACAGUUUUUGUCACCUCCAGGCACUAAAUCUCUCCUACAUGUAAGCACAUUGAAUCCCUGCCCCACCUCCACCACAUCUCUUAAGUUUUACCACUGACCACCUUUUUUUCUUGUCUUUUCAAUUUUAAGAAAAUUCUCUCACCCCCCAACCAAAUCUUCGUAAGAUAUUUAGUUAUUCUAAUUUUUAAGUCCGUGGAUGAAAUCCUUUGGUGUUACCAUUCAAAUAGAACUCUUUGUGAAGACUUUUGCCUUCUAAUGUUUCUUUCUUAGGAUUUACACCAAGAAGUUUGAAAGUAUAACUUAAUUAUUACUUUUUGAAAGUAUUGACUUAGAGGUGUGAGGGUUGAUAUUGAUAUUUAUUGUAUUCCUAUUUUCAUAGCUUCACAUUAUUAUUUCAGGUGUGAGUGGAUUGGCGAGAAAGUUUGGCUUGACGCCAGAUCAGUUAGGAGAGAACUUGCGUGACAACUACCAACGACAUGAAACAGAGCAACAUCCUGUUGAACCAGAUGAAACAGCUGAAAAUUACCUUAGUAGGUGAGAAGACAUUUCAUUUUGCCUCAAAUCAGCCAGGUCGUUUUACGAAUAAUUUGUUCAUUUUUACUAGAGGAAUGAACUUUCGAGAUUUACUGUUAGCUGUAUGAGCAAUAUUGUUUACUUCUUUAUUUAGAUUCACCUAACCAGAAAACGAUACUUAUAACAGUUACAUAAAAUUAUUAGGCAGGGAGACCUCUACAGCCUAGCCAAAUACCACAUUAAAAUUAAUAAUAAUAAUAAUAUGAAGUUUGUAACUAAUGACUAAAGCCACUAAUAGAUAAACAGGAAAAAAAUACAAAGAUGGCAAAAAAUACAGCAGUAGCGCAAGUGCAGGAGAGUCCUCACUAUAUUGCACCUCUGACCUGGGACAGAUUGUUUGUCCAGGUUCUGAUGUCAUCAGCUUCGUACAGAUGUAGAGCCUCAUCGUAGUAUUGGAGUAGCAAACAUUUAAAAGAAGCUAGAGAAAUGUGAUUUGUGGGUAACUCAGCAGGCAGGACAUUCCAUUUGCAGCACAUGUACAUGUAUGAAAAAUGAGCGUUGAUAAGUAACAGUUCUACUUUGCUUAGGGAUACAAGUAAUAGCAUUGCUGCUCAAUGACUUGGUUGAUCUUGUUCAUUGUCUUGUAACAGGCAGAGCUUCACUAUCUAUGAAAACUAGGUUAAUUUUGUCUUCUUCCACAUUUUGCCUUCCCCUCACCCUAAAUCCUCAAUCCUCUUUACUGCUGAUGGAACAUUUGUCCACCAUAAAUACUUGCCAUCUGACUCCAUUUUGAGCAAUGAGUUUUGCCUUAUGCCAAGUAUUAAAGUCCUUGGCCCUCAAGGUCUAACUUCCUUGCAUGCCUCUACAUUAAUUUUUGUUAGGGACUCCCUGUCUGACCCUUCCCCUGUGGCUUCCAUUCAAGGACUGUCUUAGCCACCUAUCCAUCAUUGUGGUCACGUCUGUGUGGACAGUCCAUCUACCUUAAAUAACAAGUGAUUCUAAAAAUGAAACAAAUAAGAGGUAAUUCAGUCAUGUAGGCCAUGUCCAAUUAUUUGUCCCAAGGGUGAAUUGUCUGAUAAAUGAUGGCUAUCAUUCAUAUGUAAACAGAAUUCAUUAUCACAUCGUGGUUCUCCUUAUGACCUGAUUUUGAAGAAAGGCAUUUUAGAGCUUAUACAUGUAAGUAGCUGGUAAUUUGUCCAAAUAGUUUCAUAUUGACUGCAGAAUUCAUUAUUUUCCUUAAUAGCACUUUCUCAACUGUCAAUCAAGUUCUGGAAGCUGCUCGGCAUAUGGUGGCUAUGCAGAUUGCAAGAGAUCCAUUGGUUCGUCAGUGUGUUAGGCAGACGUUCUAUGAGAGAGCCAAACUAAAGAUUAAACCUACUAAGAAAGGAAAGAAGGUAAAAAAAAGUUAACAGUAGCUUUCAAACACUUUAGGGAUUUUGUUUUGAUAAUUUUUUAUUUCAACUUUAAGGCAUAAAAAGUAACAUGUUAAAACCAUGACAUUUCAGUGACCACAUUUGUUUGUUUUCUUUAUCAAGCGGUGAUAACGAUGCCUUUUUUUAUUUUAUUAGGAAAUUGAUGAAUCUCACUCAUGCAGCACUUUUAAGUAUAUUAAAAACAAGCCUGUUAAAGACUUAAAAGGUGAUCAGUUUCUGCGCAUGUGUAAGGCAGAGGAAGAUGGUCUACUAACAAUUUCAAUUGGAAUCGACCUGGACAAGAGUGCAGGGUAUAAUAAUAAUAAUGAUAAUGAUGAUGAUGAUGAUGAUGAUGAUGAUGAUGAUGAUGAUGAUGAUGAUGUUGAUGAUUUAGAGGUAGGACAUCCAAAAAGUGGUUCUUUGUCUACCUGAUUGUUGGUCAAAUUGGAAUUUGUGAUGUUGGGUUUUGAAAUGAGGGGAAAACCGGAUUACCCAGAGAAAAGCCUCUUGGAGCAAAGGAGAGAACCAACAGCAAACUCUACCCACAUAAUUAUGAUGUCAACGCCGGGAUUUGAACCCAGGCCACGUUGGUUGGGGGCGAGUGCUCUCACCACUGCGCCAUCCCUUGCUCCCCAUAUUUUGAGGCAGAAAUCUUUAAUUCUUAGUACAGUCGAACUUCCCAUAAGCGACCACCCAAAAUGUGAAGAUUUAGUGGUUGGCUAUAGGAGUAGGUCACUUAGGAGAAUCAAACUACUUAUAUGUCAAAAAAAGAUUCCUGAGACAUAAUACUGUUUGGUAAAGAAUUUAUUACUUUCAGUUGGUAAGCUACAAUAUCUGUAGUUCCCUUUUUUUUCAGUUUCUAAGUUACAAUAAUAUAUCUGUAGUUCCAUGUUGGUGCUGUGGAUAGAUGGUCAUUCAUUUGAGGUGGUCGCUUAUAAGGGGAGGUUGCCCGUGGAGGUUUGACUAUAGGAAUAAUAAUUAUGCUUAUUUCUUGAAGAACUGAGCAUUAUUUUAUUUUUAUUUUAUUUUGUCUUAAAAAAGACACUUGCUAUUGCUUAUAUGUGUUUUCAGAUAUCAGACUUACUUUGAUGAAGUAAAGCAACUUUAUUACAGGGUGAGUGACAAGAACAUGUUUUGCUCAAUAGCCAUUGUGUUGUGUUAUCAGCUUACGGCUGUAGUUCUCCUAUACACAGCAUUAAAUCGUAGUCACGUCUUCUUUUAGACUGCAUCUUAACAAUCAAACAUUAUUGUUGAACAUCUUGUUUGUCAACCACAACAUGGGAUACUGGUGCAUAAACAAGAGAAAGCGUUUGACCAUACAUUGAACAAAGUGAGCCCAUUUUUAUGAUAUAAACACCAAUGAAAUACCAGGUGAGCUUUUGCACGAAAACUUGAUAUCUUCCCAUGUGAAUAUAACAUGUUAUCUUCACAUGUGAAAAUAUCACCAUUGCUAAGCUAUAGCUACAUAAUAAAUCGUGCCUUUCACACCAUAAAACUAUUAAAGUGAAAUGGUUUGGUAUUUCAUUGUUGCUUAUAUAAUAAAUAGAACAUUACAUGGCUGCUUGGAGAUACGAAAUUUCGUGUCUCCACACGGCCAUGUAAUAUCCUCUAUGUAAUAGUAUGCACUACAAUUAGGAAAUUGUCAUUAAAAUGUUUCUCCUCAUUUUUCAGGAUGAAUUUAGUCAUCUGGUGCAAGAGUGGAACACUCAGAGGAUGAAUGCUUUAUCGCGGGCCUUUAACCAGAUGCUUUAUCCACUGUUUGAGAAGGAACUUAAGCUCAAACUUUUAAAGGAAGCCAAGAAUUUUGUGGUUAAGGUGAGUUUGUCAUUGUUUGGAGCAGACAAUGACAGAUCAGGGGUGCUUACCAUCUACACAAACCAUUAGGGUGGAAAUCUUGUGUAUAGACAUAAAACUACGGUAUAUAAUUUGAUGUGGUGGGAGAACGACCUGCAACAAAGUAUAUCCAAAUUAGCUGAACAGACUGAAAUGAGUAGAGAAAUUGCAUCAUCUCAAAUCACAGCAUUUUCUGAAGCUUUCCAAAUAAGAUGGUGUAAACCAUUUGAUUUUCCAACCGGGAUUUCCAGUUUUCCCAUGUAAAUGGUAAUUAGACUAGAAUUGCGAGCUCUUCUAGUUGCCCGCAAUGAUACGCUGUGGGUUUUCAAAACCGGGAAAAAGUUGUCUGAUUUCUGUGUUUUUUUUUUUUUCUUUAAUGUUACCAGUCAUGCUGCCGCAAGCUGAGGUCAUGGAUUGAAGUUGCUCUGUAUCAACCCGAGCAGCAGGUAGAUGAACAAGACUUUGAUGACAGAACAAACUCUGAUGGGCUGCAGGUGCUGCCAUGUUCCAUCUCACCCAACCCUGAUACCCCUGCCUUCUUGGCCAUGUUAGAUGGCGGAGGACAGGUGACGGACUACCUCAGACUCAAAUAUCUGCUGAACAGGAGAAAUACAACAAGAGCCAAGGAACGUGAAGAUAAGGUUAGCCAUCUCUUUUGUUUUGGUUGUCGAUGUUCUAAUAGUGGCCAAACAAAAAAAUUCCAAAAAAAAUCAAAUUUCUUUUUGUGAAAUCAUGAGAAAUAAAUAGUAUUAUGCAGAAGUUCUGCAAAGGAGGUUUCAUUUAAAUGGUAGCAUCAUUACUUUUAAUAAUUUUUUUCGAAAGUCUUUUCCUUUUCUUUUAUUACCUUGAUGGUCUUAGUAAUAUAAUGUGGGAUUUUGCUAAUAAUUUUGCAGCUGUAAAUAUCAAGGAGGUUUUACUAGGAUUUCUGAUGUGCACUCGUAUUCUACCCCAUCUUCGCUCAACAGUGACUUCUUACUAGACACUCAAAACUCAGAAACUUACCAAAAUAUAAUACAUUUGGCUUCUGAUAAAACAUAAGGGAUUACUGAUUUCUGUCUUAUGCUACUUGCAAACGGACGCAACAACUCCCAACAUUGUUGGCCGACAAUAUUGGGAGUUGUUGUGUCUGUUUACAGUAGCUAAAAGUCUGACCGGUUUCAAACGUUGCACAACAACAUGUCACAUCCAACAAUGUUGGGAGUUGCUGGCCAAUACUGUUGCGUCCUCUUUCACAGGGCUUAAAAAUUACAGAACUCACUAAUCAAUGAAGAUAAAAUUAGCUCAGGAACUCUGACUAGUCUGAACAUAGACCUGCAUAAUGUGGUUUAUGAGUGAGAGUCUGUGGUCAUGAGAACAAGGAAUCCAAAUAAGAAAAAGAAAUAACUUCUACAAAAUGAAUUUGGAAAUGCAGUUGCAUUUUAUUUGUAUAGGUAAUAGCAUGAUUUGUAGUGAUAUUUGGCAUUAAUACCACGAGUGAUAUUUCAAAAUUGUUUUUCUUAAUUUCACGAGCCGUUAGGCGAGUGAAUUUUGAGAGAAUUUUCAAAUUAUCACUAGUGGUAUUUAUGCCAAAUAUCAUGUACAAAUCAUGCUAUUAUUUGUUUAUACUAUUACCCGCAAAAGGUUUGUAAUUUUCACAUGCCAGUAUUUCAAAUUAAGCUGAAAUACCACUGCUCUAAGCCAAUCAAAUUGCAGAAAUUUCUUAUGUAGUAGUAUAACUUACUUUAACCACUUUUGGUAGUGAAAAGGUUUAAAAAUUAAUGCGAUCGUCGACACAAAAGUAUCCUUUUCCUAUACCGUUGAAACUUUGUCAAGUAGGACUUCUUCGCAGGUGUCCAACACCAACAGCGUCGACUUACAGCACUCCGUGAGAGACACCAAGAUGACAUGAAGAUGUGCAUUGCAGAACUGGAACAAGAGAAUCAGAUUCCGACCAUCUCUGUUGAGGCGCUUGAUGGAGAAGUGGCUCGCAUUUUCACGUCCUCUCCCCGAUCCGAAGUAAGUUACAUGGAAUAGUACUGUUUAUUUGUUUUCCUUUUCAAUUUGAAAUUUCCCACUGAAAUAGAGGAACGUUGCGAUGAAUAAAGAAUGAUAGUAAAUUUUAACCUCAGGGAAAAAUCGGGAAAUGAUGUGAUCAACAUGUCACAAGCACGAGACUGGAAAUUUUUGGCUGAAAAUUUAGGUCGUAAUGAGUGACCUCUUUUACGUACAUCAUUUGAACUGUAGAAUUAUCUGAAAACAACAGCUCCUUGAUAUUAAGUGAAUCUAGGGGAAAACGCACUAACAACAUCAUUAUCCUUCGCUCAUAGCCAAUAACAAUGUGUUCUGAAAUUCUAAAUAAAAUGUAUUAUUGACUAAUUCAGAUCUCAAAGCCAAGACAUGUGGCCAAUUGGUUAGAAAACAGGUGUGACUCAUUUCUCCAAAGCGUAGGGAGCUAUGGCUGAAGUUCAUUCCACUAGUUUACAAAUGGCUUGAAUUUUCUCUAGAGGAGGGGCGCGGGCUGCCCGCCCCCUCCCCCUUAUUUUUAGACCAAAUUGGCCGAAAAAAUUUUUUUUGAGACUGGCUUUAUAAGCUUCCUUUUAGCUGAAUAGCCCGUCCCCAGUAACGAUCUCAGAAUUCUUCGUGAAAGCUAACUUGACCCAUAAUCCUUCUCGUUUUUUUGAGUGGCGGAUUGGCAGCAGAGUAAAGCAAAACAAAAUACAUUUGAUUAAAUUUAUCUUUUAAGACUUAUUUUUCAUGAUUCUUAUUUCCAGAAUGAGUUUCUUGAGUACCCAUCCCUGCUACGUCAUGCAGUGUCACUUGGUCGAAGAAUUCAAGAUCCCCUCUCUGAAUUUGCUGCCUUGUGUGUUGAGGAAGAUGAGCUCCUUUGUUUAAGGCUGCAUCCAUUCCAGGUAUGAUCCAGACCGCCAGAUGACAAAUGUAAGAUAGGUAUUCUAUGUUUUAUUAUCAAUCUGAUUUUAGAUUGAAGAUCACUUCAGGUGCGAACUGAAAAUUGUUAAAUGAUCUGUAGUUUUCAUGUUGAGAGUGCUGUGUGCUGUAAAUGAAGAAAUCUUUUACCAACGUUGGGGCGCAAGUUUGAGACCUUAACAUGUUUCUUUUAGUACAGUGUGUGUUGUACUUCCAUCAUCAACAACAACAACAACAAUUUAUUUGACUUAUUGAAAUAUUUGCCAGACUAUUCCAGUUAUUUUUUGACAAGGAUUUCCUGAUACCUCGGGAAAAGGAACCACCAGGCUUAUGGGAGCUGACCUUUAAACCUUGGGAUGAACUGUUUACGUUGUCUCCAGUUUUGCUUUUCCUUGUUCCCUUUUGGCUGUUUUGUAUUUCUUCGGUGUCCUUCAGUUUAAAGUAUUGUUUUAAUGCGUCCGUCAAUUAUGUGAUACAGUAGACUGUAUUAGACUGUAUUAGACUGUAUCACAUUCCCCCAUUAUUCCUUAAGAUCGCCUCGAUCGGGCAGCCACCGUGGUUUCAAAUGUACAAAGUCUACUAAGGGGGCGGGGGACGGUUUGGGAGGAGUCGAGAAACCCCGGGGCACGCCCCCCUGCCCCCCCCCCCCGGUACAUUUGAAAGCAAGGUGACUUGUAAGCGCUCGAUUCCGAUGAUCUUUCUGAAAAAUAGGGGACUGUGAACAUUCUAAUUACAUGACGGUUGAUUAGUGCUGAAAUGAGCUAACAUUGCGUGACCUUCCUCUUUGAAUAAGUAGCCGGACAUGAUUAGAGUUUUGUUAUUCUGGGAAACUGCCCACCCCUCCCUUAACCCAGUGUUAACACUACCUCUCACUUAAGAGAAAAUGUUGGGUUAGGGGAGGGAUAGGUGGGUAUUUCCUAAGAAACGUGUGGUCUUUGUUUUAGGACCACGUACCCAAGGAGCGUCUCAUCAAGUGCCUUCAUGAGGAAUUUGUGACAGUGGUAAAUGAAGUAGGCGUUGACCCUAAUCGCUUACUGGAGCAUCCCCACACAGUGGCUCUACUACAGUUUGUUUGUGGACUGGGACCAAGAAAGGCCACUUCUCUACUGAAGGUACAUUCUUUUACCAAAGUUACUUUGAAUUGGUUGUUAUCAGUGGCAGAUCCAGGGGAGGGGCCCACGCCCCCCUUUAUUUUUAGACCAAACAUAGACCCGCAAGGUCUAAAAAAAAAUUUUUUGAGACCGGGGCCCCCCCUUAUCUCAAUGUUUGGAUGACCGACCUCCCCGCACCUCCUCCUUCCCUCCUCCCAAAAUGUACAGAUGUUUUGUUAAAAAGCCACUUACUCUUACUCCCAACAUUUCCUGGAAGGCAACAAAGUCUCGUUCUUUAUCUUUAAAAGUACAUAAAAUCAAAAAGCACCUGAUAAAGGAGUACUGAAGGGCGAAAAAUUGAGGUUUAUCGACUGAGUUGAUUGCGUCCAUUUACUUCUGUAAUAGAAUAGAAAAGAUGGCAUUCCAAGCAGAACUAAAUAAUCAACUCGUGCGACUACUAAAGAGGUUUCAUUUGACUAGUAAAUCAACAGGAUUUCAUUCACAGACUCCAAAGUUAGGGCUACAUACUAAAUAAAAUAAUGUACCAUGUAAAUGUACUGCUGAAGAGGUUUCAUUUGUAAGGUAACACCACAGGAUUUCAUCCACAGACUCCAAAGUUAGGACUACAUUACAUGUCGUCAUAUUAGUGGUCCCCAAGUAAAAUGAUGUAAUGGUGGUGUGGGGAUGAAAGUUGCCUUUAGGUUCAACCUUAGGUAGAUUGGGUUUCUGUGUUACGGAUAGUAUAGAGGUCAGAAGCCUCCAAAAAAAGUUUGUUUUGUUCAAAACAUUGUAGUUAACAGGUUAGUUAAUAGUGUUUGCUGUGGAGUUUGUUUUGAGAAUCACUUUUUAACCUUUUUUUUUUGUCAGAGCUUAAGGCAGCAGUGUACCAGGUUGGAGAAUCGCUCGCAGCUGGUGACCGUGUGUGGACUUGGACCUCAGGUCUUUCUAAACUGUGCGGGAUUCAUUAAGAUUGACACAGCAGCCAUCAGCGACACAACUACAAACUACAUAGAAGUGCUUGAUGGGUCUAGGAUACAUCCUGAAACAUAUGAGUGGGCCAAGAAAAUGGCCGUUGACGCCCUCGAGUAUGACGAGGUAACGAAAUUAGCCUGCGUGGAAGUUGCGUGGCAACUGUUGGGAAUUAAGGCGCGCGAGGAAGGAGGAAGGGGGAAAUUCCCUUCCUUCCUUCCUUCCUUCCUUCCUUCCUUGCGCGCCUAUCGCGUUCUUGCGCGAUGGCUGUUGACGCGCUUGAGUAUGAUGAGGUAGCAAAACCAGCGUGACAGUAAAUUGAAGUUGAAAAAGGGGAAUUAAUGCGCGCGAGUAAGAAGGAAGGGGAAGUACCUUUCCCUCCUUCCUCGCGCGCCCAACUCGUUCUCACACGCGUUAAUUGUCUCUUCCCUUCAAAAGCCGGCCAUGCGGGCUAUAAGUUUUAAAGCUAAACGAUAUCGAUAUCAGCGAAAACGCAAAAGCGCAAAUUGGCUUUUCGCGGACAACGCUGCUUUGUAUGGUGUAUUCAAAGAUUGCAAUGAUGCAGAGUCACUACAGCAGGACCAAAACGCACUUGUACACUGGGCAGACACAUGGCAAAUGUAAUUUAAUGCAAAGAAGUGCACCAUCCUUAGAGUCGCGUGCUCGAAAUCUCUAGUUGAAUACCAAUAAUACACCAUCCACGGAGAACCCUUGGAAGCUGUUGAUCACCACAAGUACCUUGGAGUUGAGCUAUUCAGUGAUCUAAACUGGGAUGUUCAUAUUGCUGGAAUUAUAGGCAAAGCCAAUAGAUCUUUUGGCUUUACAAGAAGAAACCUAAAUAAGCGCCCAGAAAACGUAAAAGAGCAAGCCUAUCGUGCUCUAUUUAGACCAGAGCUUGAAUAUGGAUGUUGCGCAUCGGACCCGCACAUUCAAAAACAGAUAAAGGACAUUGAGGGUCGGUUAUUUAAACGAAGUCUAACUUAGGGCGCGGCUUAAGAAACCAUUGGACCUCCAGAUCUCUUUCUUAGUGAGUUGAUUUCAGAAAGUAAGUGAUUUUCUAGUCUACACCAUCUGCUUGAUUGAAAUUAUUUACGAUAAAUGGUGUUAAGAUGAAAGCGUUGGACAAACUGAAAAUGGCUUAGAACGCGGUUUUGUUAAACACGGACUAACCUCCUUUUAAAUAACUAGCCCUGAGAGUGUGUCGAGGGGAGCGGCGUGCUUUGUUAAAAAUGAAUACAGCACCACUCCUGGAACUGUCACAAAAAUUCUGAAUUAUAUGAAAUAGCCAACACACGAGAAAAGAAGGAAAGUGCCACGACUCACAAUGAUGUCUCAAGUUGUUUCUGGUCUAUCAGCGAUACAAUUUCCACCCUUAUAUUAUUUAAAAGGUGACAGGGCACAAGGUAAUUCCAUCCUAAGAAAUUCACUCAAGCUAGUGCCAAAUCAAACAAAUACCAACACAGUUUUAUUGCACGUACAAUCAGAGACUGGAAGUCUUUUCCAAAUGGUGUUAUUGAAAACCAGUCAAUGGAGGCUUUAAAAAUGGCCGUCACGUGCUAUCUUUAAAAACGCUGACCUGGAACCUUUUAUUACUAUUAUUAUUCAUUAUUAUUAUUAUUAUUAUUAUUAUUAUUAUUAUUAUUAUUAUUAUUAUUAUUAUUAUUAUUAUUAUUAUUAUUAUUAUCAUCAUUAUUAUUAUUGUUAUUGCCGUGACGGGAUAUCCCCUUUGCAGAUAACAUGAUAAGAAUUAGAAAAGCUUUCACCUAGCCAAUGACACUUAUUACAGAAACACACGGUCGUUUUGAUAUUCUUAGUAGCUACAAUCUCUCGUGAGUUAUUAACAAGUUUGUUCUCUAUCUAUUGCACAGGCCACAAUGGAUUCAAACCCUUCAGCAGCAUUGGAAGAAAUUCUUGAAGCCCCAGAUCGGCUAAGAGACUUAGAUCUCGAUGCUUUUGCAGAAGAGCUUGAACGGCAAGGAUAUGGCAACAAGGGAUUGACAUUAAUGCUGUAAGCUCUACUCGACAAACCAGUCAUGUCCCUCGCUGCGGGGGGCAUGGCGAGGGACAGCCAUCUCCUUGCGAAGUCUAAUAACUGUCCCCUUUGUUUGCUGAGAGAAAUACAACCGUUCGACCAGGUGUGUAAUGUGACCGGGUUUGCGAACAGGAAGCCACCACGUGACGUUAUUGAUCAGGCCCAACCAGUCAGGAAUGACGAGACUGGCCAAUGACAGUGUCCUUUCUGUCUGCAGGAUACCUUCCCCGAUAUAAGCGAGGUAUGAACUCCACCCUAGUAGAAUUUAGUGCUUCCCUACAUCUCCCCCCGCCCCCCCAAAAUAAAAGUAAAAGUAAAAAAACUUGUUAGAAAUGACGAGACUGGCCAAUGCCAGUGCCCUUUCCGUCUACAGAACACUUCCCGGAUCAAAUCAUAGUCGGAACUCCACCCUGAUAGAAUUUAGUGCACCCACAACCUGUAAGGAAUAAGGGCCAAUGGCAAUGUCCCCUCUAUCUACAGGACACCUUCCCUGAUCUAGGCGAGGUAAAAACUCCACCGUGGUAGAAUCUAGUUCAAAACAACCCCCCACCCCACAUAUCUGAGUGGCAUUUUAUACAGCGUUUUGGCAUAACGUCACAUCCGCAAUGUUGGUGUCCCAAAUUAAUCCUGUGGUUAAGUAAACUCUUUGUUUUGUUUCAUUUUUAAUUUGCAAAGCUGCUGUCCACGCGAGUGACUCUGUUUGGGUCUCCUACUGGAGACGAAAGUGACAGCCAUUUUCUGUGGUCGUCCGAGCUACGCGAUGGUCUACCCGUUUACAGGAAAAAGGCAGCACCUUCAUUUCUCAGCUUUUUUAAGGUGAUGUUACACGAGACGAUUCGCAACGACGAUUUUUAGCGCAACAUUGUUGCAACAUUGUUACAUUGUUUUGAAUUGUUACUACAUUAUUCAAACAUUACAAUGCUGUGUUGCGCUAAGAAUCGUCGUUGCAAAUCGUCUCGUGUAACAUCACCUUUAAGACCCUGACUAUUGGUCCUGUCCCAGGAAUCAAUCCCGUGACCUUCCAUUCUGGAGUAAAGCUCUCUACACACUGAACUAAUUCUGCCACGGUCCAACUGGUGGAGAGGUUGGCUGUGCGGCUUUGAGAAAGCUCGCAGUAAUGUAAAUUUUGGGCUGAGUAUAUGUUUUUGUGUACGUGUAGGUGUGGACACAUCUUGAUAAUGGAAGCUGUGCUGGGCAGGCGAUUGGGGUGCGCACAAGAAUGGAGAAUGGUCUGUCGGGAUUUAUCGCUACUAAGAUGAUAAGCGAUAAGCAUAUAACCACCCCUCAUGAAAGAGUCAAGGUAACCUCAGUCACGUGAUUACCUAGAAUAAAUUCUUGAAUAAGAGUAUUGAAAUUUAUUCUGCGAGCAAGCUCUCCCUUUCGAGUUGUGAGAGAACAUUCGUGCGAGCGAGCGGCGCAGCCACGAGGGUCUAGCUCUCGCUUCUCCUUUCGCGUGCUGCUCUUGCGUGACCUCUCGCGGUAUUCCCAAAAUGAAGAGUUUCCUCGCAGUUUAUCUCAGUUUAUCUCUGUUUAUGUCUACUGUUUCGCCUGCUUUUGUUCUUUUGAACCCGAUUCUGAGAACGUGCUAGAGUCACGGAGCCUUAUUUUGUUAAACGAAUUCUUGGCUCAUGCAGGGCUGUGAGAAAUGCGACUUACACAGCCACACCCAAAGAAAAAACUCGCUCCAUAACUUACACUCAACCUCGAACUCUUUCAGUAAGAGAUAUUGAACGUGUUAUAUUCCUGAAUCCGCGCGCGAGCAAGAUUAAGCGAAUCAUGUGUUCUGAUUGGCUACCCGAGCAUCUUGCCACCUCGGGAUAUCCCGCGUUAGUCCCGCAAGAGAAAGUUCUGGUUAUUGGCCUUGUUCUUUUUUGCGUGUCAUUGACUUCGACUUAAUUUCGGUCCACAAAAACGCAAAAAAGAACUUGGCCAAUAUACAGCCAUCUUGACCUCAUACUUGGUCAUUAAAGCAUUUAUCAUACCUGUAACAAGUAUAGAUGCCAAGACACCACUUGUUUCAUGCUACCGACACAUUGUUGAACUAUAUAAUUUCAGGUGGGCAUGACUCUGCAUUGCCGAGUGACGCGCAUAAACAUGGAGCGGCUACAACUUGAUCUGACCUGUCGCUCGUCCGACCUGGCCGAUAAAGAAGGAAAAUACAGGUACCUUGCUCACAUGUAACCAUUAAUAUUGCGUAACAUCUGCUUUUAAAAACAUUCUUUCUCACCCCUUUUAUGUAUAGAGGAAACCUGUUCCGGCGCGGCGCGAAAUGAAGAGGGGGGCGAAGAAGAAAUCUGCCCUCCCCCCUGUUCCGUCUUGGCUUGCCUAUUCCGGAUGCUUCGAGGAUUUCUAAUCGCCUAUAACAGGCUAACAUAGCUGUCAAGAGGGUAGCAAAAGUGUUAUUAAAGAUUAAGUGUCUUUAGUUUUAGACAAAUUCUCUCUGCUAAUGUCAGAUUAAGUGUGUGGGAGAAUAUGUAUUAUGCUAUUAGAGCUGUGAGGAUGAAAGUAAAUAGAUUUUUCAAUAAAUGAUCUUGUAUGAAACGUAGUAUUCAUCCUGGUAUGUGUGUAACGGGUUCGUUUAUAUGGUCCUUUUAUCGUUUGUUUCAUGAUGGUGGGAGUUUGGUUGUAAAUAGUCGUCGUAGUUAUUGAUCGCGACCUUUCGACGGCGUACUGCAGACCUUUAGCAGGCGAUAGUGUCGAUUUGACUAAGUGGGACUAUUAGCACCAGCGAAGUUGCUAGCGAUUGGUGUAUCACGAACCACCAACUUUUUUGUAGUUAUAGAUUUUACUUUGGAUAACCAUGGGCUUUGAUAUGGGUCUUCUUUCCAGGUCUCUGUAACUGAUAAAGGGAUCUGCAGUUAUAUAGUAAAUGAUAUUUAUUAUUUUUGUUGCUCAGUCCUCUUAAAGAUUUGUAUUAUGAUCACGAUUCUGCUGACGCUGAUAAAAAGGAAGAUGAAGCGGUCAAAAAGAAAGCAAACAGACCAAGUAAGUACACACCUCCACUGACGGACCUGAUAACUUGCUCUUUUUUGUCCUUAAGUGUGUAAUUCGAUCGCAGGAAAGCAUCCAUAGCUUUAGCGGGGAGGGGAUCGCUUAGUUAGAUUGUUCUUAAGUCCUCGUGGAUCACUGACUUCGAAACGCCGCUAUCUUAAUUCGUAAGGUGACUGAAAUGAAUGAGUACAAAUCUUUCUGUCAACAAGAACUAACAUUUCAAAAUUUUGACCUGAUUGGUCGUUCUUGGGGGCAGUUCGCCAAAAGCAUGUUGUGUGCAGGCAAUUAAUAAAGAGUUCGUUGAAGUGAUCGUGCUUGUUGGUCAUCUAGAAACACUUAAUGCGGUAGUUUUUUUUUUUUUUUCAGUUAGUUUCCCUUGCUUUUACUCUAGGUUAACUCUGUCCUGUUAUUCAAAUCUUGCUAUUUAGAAUACGUGAAGCGUGUGAUUGUACACCCAGCAUUUAAGAACAUUUCCCUCAAGGAAGCCGAGAGACUCUUAGCUGAAAUGGACCAAGGAGAAUGCAUUGUGAGACCCAGCAGCAAGGUAACCAUGGCAACCAGUCAGUGAUAUGUACCGAUUUCCAUGCACGUUCACAGGGGACCACACAGUUUUUUUCGUUUGUGUCGCUAUUGCGUUGGACUGGGUGGAGGCCGAGUCGCAACGCCAUAAUGGGCGCAGCCACAAAUGGAACCUGUGGGCCAGGGCCUAUUGUUACCCAGUUUAACAUUGCUAAUUGAUGAGCUUGGGAACUGGUGCCUUAAGAGGUAGCGGGGUAGGACCUAAGAUAACCUAGAGAUAGCACGGAGGUAUCCAUAGCAACCCCGCAAGAGAGAACCACACAUGCCACUCUCCGGUGUUUCGAGAACCGCAGGUUCCCGACAGGGGGUCACAUGGAACUUUCGACACAAAUUGUUCCUUUCUGUGACCCUGUUAUCAUUCAACGUGAAAUUGUAUUAUUCUUGUUUUACUAACAUCAAUUAACUUAAAAAUCGACAUGCGGGUAACUAUAGAAUAACUGAGCAACGGCCUCUAGCUUGCUUAGCUCGCGAGCCCUUUCGUAGCUUUUGCUAAACGCGGUGAAUGACACUCAAAUACACCUCAAUUGAAGAGACGUUCUUAGUGGUGUAAGGUGGAAACCGCGGUAUUGUAGCCGGUUAUGAGACAGACUGCAAAACAGUUCGUAUUUUUGCGUAUUCAAGUACGCGCGAGCAGUCAAACAAAAGGUCUGGAACGAGGCUGAAAACAGAAAGCGAGACUGGGGACGCCACCCUUUACCGAUUUCUUUCCUGAUUUUGAGACAAAAACCGACUGUUUUGCAGUCUAGUUAUGAGAUGGUCUCGCUAUCAUUUAUCUAGUAUACUUGUUUCUCUUUCCGUCAGGGUGCCGAUCACCUGACCGUCACGUGGAAGGUUGAUGAAGGAGUUUACCAGCACGUGGAUGUGAGAGAAGAAGGCAAAGAGAACGCUUUUAGCCUUGGUCGGUCACUUUGGAUUGACAGUGAGGUGCGUUUGGGAUCCUUCUGAUAUGUCUGUAAAGGUUCUUCUAUUUAUUUGAUUUGAAUGCUGUUCAUAUUAGCCUCCCACGCAGAGGUUCUUAGGGUUUCGUCACGCGUUCCUUCCCGUAGGGAGGAUUGCGUGACGAGCAAAAAUAACGUCUGCUUGGGAGUUUAUAGUUAUAUGCUGCAUCAGAAAGUUAAAAGUGCUAAGUGUUUAAGAAAUUGUUAUUGGCAAUUUUGAGGUUGCGCCGCCGCGUGAGACUGGGUCGAUAUUGUGUCGAAAUGCACUCUGGGACUGUUUUAGGGGCGCUAUCAUUUUCUUUAUUGGCUACUAUAAGGUUGUGAAGAGACUGGGUCUUAGGCUGUGUUCACACUAUGACGGAUAGCUUUUGCGCUUGCGCGAAAACCAUACGAAAUAGGGCUUCUGUUAACACUUAAGAACUGUGAUUGAGGCGCGAUUUUUGUGACGCAGCGCCGCGUCCUUCUCUAAAGUGGAGAGAGACAUAUCGGAUAGGUGUCCAUACUAUAUGGGCACGAAAAGUCACACAGUGUCUUUUGGUCCAACACAAACCCAGAUUUACACAGUGCCUAAAAAUAGCCAAUAAAAUUGACUCACUGUUAUAAAUUUGGAAUAUUGUAAUUUGCUUUGUAGGAAUUUGAAGAUCUUGACGAGAUCAUCGCGCGGUUCAUUCAGCCCAUGGCGUCGUUUGUUCGAGAAGUUCUCAACCACAAAAACUACCGCGCCGUGGACGGCGUCAAAGCCAAGCUUGUAAGAGUCAAGGUAACCUCAGUCACGUGAUUACCUAGAAUAAAUUCUUGAAUAAGAGUAUUGAAAUUUAUUCUGCGAGCAAGCUCUCCCUUUCGAGUUGUGAGAGAACAUUCGUGCGAGCGAGCGGCGCAGCCACGAGGGUCUAGCUCUCGCUUCUCCUUUCGCGUGCUGCUCUUGCGUGACCUCUCGCGGUAUUCCCAAAAUGAAGAGUUUCCUCGCAGUUUAUCUCAGUUUAUCUCUGUUUAUGUCUACUGUUUCGCCUGCUUUUGUUCUUUUGAACCCGAUUCUGAGAACGUGCUAGAGUCACGGAGCCUUAUUUUGUUAAACGAAUUCUUGGCUCAUGCAGGGCUGUGAGAAAUGCGACUUACACAGCCACACCCAAAGAAAAAACUCGCUCCAUAACUUACACUCAACCUCGAACUCUUUCAGUAAGAGAUAUUGAACGUGUUAUAUUCCUGAAUCCGCGCGCGAGCAAGAUUAAGCGAAUCAUGUGUUCUGAUUGGCUACCCGAGCAUCUUGCCACCUCGGGAUAUCCCGCGUUAGUCCCGCAAGAGAAAGUUCUGGUUAUUGGCCUUGUUCUUUUUUGCGUGUCAUUGACUUCGACUUAAUUUCGGUCCACAAAAACGCAAAAAAGAACUUGGCCAAUAUACAGCCAUCUUGACCUCAUACUUGGUCAUUAAAGCAUUUAUCAUACCUGUAACAAGUAUAGAUGCCAAGACACCACUUGUUUCAUGCUACCGACACAUUGUUGAACUAUAUAAUUUCAGGUGGGCAUGACUCUGCAUUGCCGAGUGACGCGCAUAAACAUGGAGCGGCUACAACUUGAUCUGACCUGUCGCUCGUCCGACCUGGCCGAUAAAGAAGGAAAAUACAGGUACCUUGCUCACAUGUAACCAUUAAUAUUGCGUAACAUCUGCUUUUAAAAACAUUCUUUCUCACCCCUUUUAUGUAUAGAGGAAACCUGUUCCGGCGCGGCGCGAAAUGAAGAGGGGGGCGAAGAAGAAAUCUGCCCUCCCCCCUGUUCCGUCUUGGCUUGCCUAUUCCGGAUGCUUCGAGGAUUUCUAAUCGCCUAUAACAGGCUAACAUAGCUGUCAAGAGGGUAGCAAAAGUGUUAUUAAAGAUUAAGUGUCUUUAGUUUUAGACAAAUUCUCUCUGCUAAUGUCAGAUUAAGUGUGUGGGAGAAUAUGUAUUAUGAUAUUAGAGGCUGUAUGGAUGAAAGUAAAUGGAUUUUUCAAUAACUGAUUUGUAUGAAACGUAGUAUUCAUCCUGGUAUGUGUGACGGGUUUAUUUAUGUGGUCCUUUUAUCGUUUGUUUCAUGAUAGUCACCUUGUUAUCGCCGGCGUAAUUCAGACCUUUAUCUGGCGAUAAUGUCGAUUUACUAAGUGGGACUAUUAGCACCAGCGAAGUUGCUAGCGAUUGGCGUAUCACGAACCACCAACUUUUUUGUAGUUAUAGAUUUUACUUUAGGUAACCAUGGGCUUUGAUAGGGGUCUUCUUUCUAGGUCUCUGUAACUGGUAAAGGGACCUGCAGUUACAUAGUAUAUGAUAUUAAUUAUUUUUGUUGCUCAGUCCUCUUAAAGAUUUGUAUUAUGAUCACGAUUCUGCUGACGCUGACAAAAAGGAAGAUGAAGCGGCCAAAAAGAAAGCAAACAGACCAAGUAAGUACACACCUCCACUGACGGACCUGAUAACUUGCACUUUUCUAUCCGUACGUGUGUAAUAGACCUUAUUCACGAUACCCGCCAUCUUUGCACGCGCUCAAGGACUGAUGGGAUAAAGGCAAUGUCACAUGGUUUCUCAGGGGGCAAACAAGUGAAACAAAUUGCCAAUGGAAGAAAUCGCGGUUGAGUUUGUUUAUUCUAGAUAACAGGAAAUGAAGACCUUUUCAUCUAAAGACGAUAAUGUCAAAGUAUGGGGGGAAGUGAUCAUUACUACUUUUUUUUGUAUGCAGUAUAACGACCGUAGAUUUCCUCAUGGCAAACAGUAAUGAUGUAAAUCUUGCCAAAACUUGAUACUAUGAAAUCGUCAUCUCGUUUUGAUAGCAUAAACAAACUCGACCGCGAGCAAACUCGAACGCCACUAUCUUAAUUCGCAAGCUGGCUUAUAUGAAUGAGUAAAGAUCUUUCGGCUCUUCCUGUUUGCUUUCCUCUGUCAACAAGAACUAACAUUUAAAAAUUUUGACCUGAUUGGUCGUUCUUGGGGCAGUUCGCCAAAGCAUGUUGUGGGCAGGCAAAUGAAUAAAGAGUGUGUUGAAGUGAUCGUGCUUGUUGGUCAUCUAGAAACACUUAAUGCUUUGCUGAGUAUUCAUGAUAGCGUUUUUUUUUUUAGUUUCCUCUGCUUUUACUCGACGUUAACUCUUUCCUGCUAUUCCAAUCUUGGUAUUUAGAAUACGUGAAGCGUGUGAUUGUACACCCGGCAUUUAAGAACAUUUCCUUCAAGGAAGCCGAGAGACUCUUAGCUGAAAUGGACCAAGGAGAAUGCAUUGUGAGACCCAGCAGCAAGGUAGCCAUGACAACCAGUCAAUGAUAUGGGGGACCACACAGUUUUUUUCGCUUGUGUCGUUAUUGCGUUGGACUGGCUGAAGGCCGAAUCGCCACGCUCUAAUGGGCGCAGCCGCAAAAACAACCUGUGGGCCAGGGCCUAUUGUUACCCUGUUUAACAUUGCAAAUUGAUAAGAUUGGGAACUGGUGCCUUUAGAGGUACUAGGGUAGGGCCUAAGAUAACCUAGAGAUAGCACGGAUGUAUCCAUAGCAACCCCGCAUGCGAGAACCACACAAGCCACUCUCCGGUGCUUCGAAAACCGCAGGGUUCCCCGCCAGCGGGGUCACAUGGAACUUUCGACACAAAUCUCCCCCUUUUGUUACCCUGUUAUCAUUCAACGUCAAAUUCUAUUCUUGUUUUAUUAACAUCAAUUAACUUAAACAUCGACAUGCGGGUAACUAUAGAAUAACUAAGCAACGGCCUCUUGCUUAGCUCGCGCGCCCCAAUUUCCCUUCCCUUUUGUACCUUUUGCUAAACGCGGUGAAUAACACUCAAAUACACUUCAAUUGAAGAGACUUUCUUAGUGGUGUAAAUUGGAAACCACAGUAUUAGCUGGUUAUGACAGGGUCUUGCUAUCAUUUAUUCAAUAUACUUGUUUCUCUUUCCAUCAGGGUGCCGAUCACCUGACCGUCACGUGGAAGGUUGAUGAAGGAGUUUACCAGCAUGUGGAUGUGCGAGAGGAAGGCAAAGAGAACGCUUUUAGCCUUGGUCGGUCACUUUGGAUUGACAGUGAGGUGUGUAUGGGAAAUCCUUCUGAUAAGUCUGUAAAGGUUCUUUCAUUUAUUUGAUUUGAUUGCUGUGUAUAUUACGAGCCUCUCACGCAGAGGUUCUUAGGAUUUCGUCACGCGUUCCUUCCCGUAGGGCGGAUUGCGUGACGAACAAAAAUAACGUCUCCUUGGGAGUUUAUAGUAUUAUGCUGCAUAAGUAAGUUAAAAGGGCUAAGUGCUUAAGAAAUUAUUAUUGGCAAUUUUGAGGUUGCUCCGCCGCGUGAAACUGGGUCGAUAUUGUGUCGAAAUGCACGCUGGGACUGUUUUAGGGGCGGUAUCAUUUUCUUUAUUGGCUACUAUAAGGUUGCGAAGAGGCUGGGUCUUAGGCUGUGUUCACACUAUGACGGAUAGCUUUUGCGCCGGCGCGAAAACGAUACGAAAUAGGGCUCCUGUUAACACUUAAGAACUGUGAUUGAGGCGCGAUUUUUGUGACGCAGCUCCGCGUCAUUCUCUAAAGUGGAGAGAGACAUAUCGGAUAGGUGUCCAUACUAUAUGGGCACGAAAAGUCACACAAUGUUUUUUGGUCCAACACAAAACCGAUUUACAAUAAAAUUGGCUCUAGUUCACUGUUAUAAAUUUGGAAUAUUGUAAUUUGCUUUGUAGGAAUUUGAAGAUCUUGACGAGAUCAUCGCGCGGUUCAUUCAGCCCAUGGCGUCGUUUGUUCGAGAAGUUCUCAACCACAAAAACUACCGCGCCGUGGACGGCGUCAAAGCCAAGCUUGAAGAGUUGCUUCUUGCGGAGAAACGGAAACACCCGCAAAGAAUUCCUUACUUCAUGAGUACUACAAAAGACUUCCCUGGGAAGUUUUUCUUGGGGUAUCUUCCUCGUGUUAAGGCCCGUGUGGAGUACGUCAGUGUGACACCGGAUGGGUUCCGAUAUCGGGGCAGAGUACAUGCUACUUUAAAUGGUUUGUUCCGGUGGUUCAAGGAACACUUUAGAGACCCAAUACCUGGUAGGUGUUAAUUUUAAUCUUAGAAUUGACUGAACCCACAUACGGGACCUCCUGUCAAAAGGUUAUAGUUAGAACUUCUCGUUAACUACUUGCUCUAGCGAGCGACCGCAACAAAUUUUGUUGUGACGUUUUUUAGUUUUCCAUUGUUUUGACGGUCUUUUGAGUGACGAAUUGCUACUUAGAGUAUACGAAGAAAUUCUAGUAACAACAUAAAACUACGCAAAUCGUAACUUGGAAAUUGCAUGCAAUUUAUUCUCUUCCAAAAGGGGUGUGUCCUCGGACCUCUCUGUCGAAAAGACCUUCUCUACAGUAGUUCGACUCUAGUAAGCGACCACUAAAUCUUUGUGCUCACUUUCGGGAGGUUAGAUUGUAUAUCAAGCGUUAUCUCGAUUAACGAGACAGUAGUGCCGCCAAAAUUUUGCGGGCGACAAGGGGGGCCCGCAAUCCUAAUCUCGAGGUUGUUAUUACGCAUGCGUCGCAUGUAUGUAGCCAGCAUUCGUUUGGACUUCCACUAAGAAUGAAUUGAAUGCACACAACGCAAUUUGAUCACGCGCGUUUUGACCUUCUGCCCCUCGCAAUCUGAUCACGUGCGUUUUGACCAGCAGUCACGGGAAACUUACGCAGAACACAGCGAUGGAGCAAAAGCGCUUGGACCUUCGAUCGUUGUGGCCCGCUCUCCCUAACCUUUGGUUAUUACUAGGCCUAACUGACCUACAGGGGUCUGUGACACUCAAUCACCGACGGCAGAAACAUCGUUUUUCCCAGAUAUCUCGACAGUGAAGUAUGAGUUAACCCCUUUAAUCCUAGACCAUGUUAUGGGGAGAAGAUCUAUCUCUCGAACUUUUAGAUAUGUGGUCGAAGACCUGUGGUGUUACCAUUCAAAUGAAACUUCAUUGGCGGACGUUUUACGUUGUACUAUCAGUUUCGUCAAAUUUUACAAAUAGAAAUUUUGCUUUCUUUGUGAAUUUUUACCACUCUUAGAAGUUAAAGGACUGUUGACGCUGCACGUGUACAGUGUUGAAUCUUCGUAAAAUUACCUCGUUUACCAUAGACAAAGAUACAUCCCUUAACAUGGAGUAACAAUAUGCUUUAUAUUAUUAUUUCCAGGUACUCCUCGUCAUCGUGGGAUGCCCAUGUCAGAGAGCAAUACCCCCUACACACCGGGGGGUACCCCAUCGAUUAACACCGACGUUGACCCCUCCCGACUGUUACCCCAACUUCAACAGCACUUCCCCAGGGGAAUCAAUGAUCCUAAAGUGUACUCAGCUCUUGCGGCGGUUGCUAGGCAACAACAGCAUGAAACGCAAGCGAAGGCAACGCCUACUCAGCUUACGCCUGCACAGUGGGGCGCGGUCGCUGCCCAGCACAUACAGCGGCAAAACAAACAGCGCAGUCAACUCCAACAAACGCCGACGCAGCAGACACCUUCAAACCAAACUCCGAGUCAACAGGGAUACCAACAAUAUCCACAGUACGGGUACUAUCAGCAACAUCAGGAUCAAUCGCAAACUCCUACUCCUACCUAUGGUUACCAGCAAACGUAUUCAGGACGCAAGUCAACUCCAAAAGAAGGCAACAAGAGCCGGUAA